AUGUCCGCCACCGUGGUAUAUUGUAAAUUACAGGCUUGUAGCAAUCGCGAACAUGACGAUGCGCUUAGCGACUAUACUUACUUGCCGAAAGAUCAGGUGGAAGUGUUCCACCAAGCUGUGGAUGCACUCCGCGAGAUCCUAAAGAAAAAGUACAAGCUGUCAGACUGGUGGUUGUGGCCCGAUGAGGAAAUCAAACGGAAGCAAGACCUUCUUGUGAGCUUUCUAGACCAAAAUCGGUUGUCGCUUGCAUGCUUGUUUCCGGACAACUACUCAGUGAAAACAUUCCCAAGCGCGGACCACGACACCAAAGUGGCCAUUAUUAAACAAGCUCGAAAAAGUAUCAAGCAAAUGGAGGAUGAUUUCCAAUAUAACCACUUCCUUGUGCCUGGACAUAAGAGUGAAACGAAAAAGGACCCAUAUAAUGAAGCCAUAAAAGCCGUCAUGUUUGAAUCGACAAUUCUCGCGGAGACUAUUCACCGCAAUCGUAAUUUCAGCAUGGACUGGCUACCAGUUGUUGUUGCUGUGGAGUAUAUUGGGAGUUCGCUACACACGUGGUACCAAAAGAAGGGGGGUUCGAAAUCAUCACAGAAAUCUGACGGUGGUGUUGAAGACGCGAAUAAGGAACCUAGUCUAUUUGAGUCGGAUGGUACUCAAGCCGAUCCCGCAGCGAUUGUUGCCGGUGUCAAUGCGGCAGCCCCACUUCAAACUGGUGCUACGCCCACCGUUUCCUCCCUUGCAACUGGCGGUGCUACCGGAAGUGACCGUGUUCGAGAUCGUGAAGAGGAAGACGACCAGACCGAUGGUGCUGUUGUAGUUGGCGGCGGUCGGGGUGGGUACAGGUUGAUUUGUGGGAUUGGGGACCUGCUCGCCGACUUACUGACGUGCCGUGCGUCCACAAAGCCCGCACAUGUUCCGACAGGCAAAUACAAUUCAGUCACCUGA